AUGUCUUCUCAACCGUUAGAUAAGGUCGAUGUCGGUGUUGAUUCGAAGCAUGUCGAGAGUGCCUCCGGAUCCAUGCUUGUCAUCGACGCGGAGACCGAGAAGAAGCUCCUGCGGAAAUGCGACCUGCAUCUAUUGCCGCCUUUGAUAGUAAUCUUUUUUCUCUCAUUCAUGGAUCGCACUAACAUUGUACAUUUUAUUCGAAGUUCCAUCGAAUCUCGUUAUCAAACGCUUGCCGCCCUCUAUAUGGCUGAGCUCAAUCACUACUUUAUGGGGGUUCUGUUGGGAAUUUUCGAAGCCGGCAUUGUCCCAGGUUGUAUCUACCUGAUUACUGGCGCCUUCUCCGGUCUAUUGGCUUUCGCUAUUGCGAACAUGUCUGGGGUUGGCGGAUACGAGGCGUGGCGUUGGAUUUUCAUUCUCGAAGGCAUUCUGACGGCUAUUGUUGGUGUUGUAUCAAAGUGGUGGAUCCCAGAUUGGCCUGAGACUGCUCACUUCCUCAGCGAAGAGGAGAGAGCUUUGCUUGUCAGCCGCAUUGCGCAGGAUGUCGGAGAAGCGAGAAUGGACCACCUCAACAAGCAUGCCGCGAAACGCAUCACCAAGGACUGGAAGAUUUAUCUUGGUACUAUGGCAUACUUCGGUGUGGUGAAUACCGGCUAUGCGGGUUCGGUAGGCUGCCCUCUCCCUGAUUAA